CUUCUCAGAGCAGUGAAGAAAGAACUUUUAAAACAGCUUCUUGUGUCAGUAUUUUCCAGUUGGACUGUAUGUACUGUAUGUAUGUGGUUGGACACAAACUGACUCCUGGAUAUGGCAGCUCUCUGGGGUCUCACCGUCCUGCUGCUCUUUGCUCCGUUCAUCGGUUUGGCUGAAUUUUGUUAUGACUUAGAUCCAAGUGAAAUAAAACAGACUGUUUCCACUGGACUUCCUGCAACGAUCGAACCAACGUUCCCUUCAGAAUGCAGAAGUCUCUCUGUUGAUUACACCUGUUCAGAAAAUGGAAAAGUCAAUGACUCCAAGAAACUGUCUGAGCUGGAGCCUUUCACAGACUACAACUGUACUGGUCUGAUUAAAGACAACAACGUCCCCUUAGAUAAGAGAACUACACCGAUCCACGUCAGGAUCGACUGUCGUUUCAGAAUAACCAUCACAAAGAGAGAGACAACCAACACUUCCAUUGAGCUGACCUGGACAACAACCAGUGACAACUGCCAAGAUGACCUUCCUAGACUUCAGAACCUUUCACUGUCUUAUGACUGCAGCUGUAGGACGAAUGAAAGUAAAAUUUCAGGAAAUUUGAUUCCACGUCCUGAUGGAGGAAAAUGUAACUUUACUGGACUCUUACCGUACACUGAACACACCUGUGACAUAGUUCCCACCUACAAAAAGGACAACAAAGAUGACCAACGGCUAAGAGUUCCCCUGAAAACUGAUGUUGGAACACCAGAAGAUAUUGGAUAUCUGUACUGGACUCAUCUCGAGAAUACUGUGUGUAAAGUCAGGUGUGAAUAUCGCGGUCGUUCGUUUGGACCAGAGACGAUAUUCAGAGCACGUAUUAAUGUUUAUGAUUACAGACCAAGUCUUAAUUUUAGUAAUGACAGAACAAGUCUUGAUGUUAAUGAUGACAGAACAAGUCUUAAUGAUGAGAAACGUGAGAGCAACAAGUGUGACUUUGAAUUCAGAGAUCUGAGCUACGGUACGGAAUACGAAGUGGAGGUGACUGUUUUCAAUGGAGUGCUGGAGAGCAAUCCCAGGACUGAUUACAUUUUCACCGGGUUCAACUACAAAGCUGCCAUUAUUAAUUUUCUGUGCCUCCCCAUUGCCAACAUAUUGGUUGUGGUGUUUAUGGUGAUCUAUGAGAACUACAUGAAGAAGCGCAGAGAGUCCAGAAGUGGUGUGAAUGACGACAUGAUGCUUGAAUCAACAGCAAUCUACAUGAAUACACGACCUCCUGGACGGCGUCAUAAAGCAGCUCGCUGAUGAAGGAAGGCCUGAUGGAGCUUCACAUCAAAUCACCAUUUACUCUCUAUAAGUUUUCAAGUUAUUCAGCUUGCAGAAGAUCUUUUAUCACAUUUUAGAGGCUAUUGUUAAAUUUGUGUUACUGUUAUUAGCCAAGAGCUCCAAUAUUGUACUCUAUUGAAAUAUUGUUUAACAAAGUAAAUUCUGUGGUAUCUUCAUCCAUUUGUUGUAUUUUGGAAUUUAAAUGAUUUUGAUGCUUUGGUGUGCAUAUUUUACCAUGUUAGAAAGUGUCACUUUUCUUGCUGAUGUUUGAACCAAGUCUGGUUAAAUAAAUAAAAUCAACUUAAUCACAAUGAUGUACAGACGUGUUGCUGAUUAUUAGACAAACCUCCAGAAGUCAGAACAGUGUAGCUUUGCUGAAAAUCUGUGGAAUAGAAUAGCUACAGCAAUGAAUUGUUCAAUGGUGGACUCAGGAAAGCUUCAUCAACAUGUAAAGUUGAGAAACAUGUGACAGUAUCAAGUACAGUGUGAGACACAGUGCAACCCGGUCUCACAAGGAUUUGUGAAACUGUCACGUAAAUUAAUCUAUGGUUUCGUGCGCACCAACACGGUUUCUCAUGUUUUUCGUGUUGCUCACAACGACAUUCAAACCAAUGUUUUUCGUGUUGCUCACAACUAAAUUCACACCAAUGUAUUUCAAGCGGAGGACUUUUCAUGCCACUCAGAAUGUAUUUCAAACGAAUAUUUUUAAUGUAAAAGCGUUGCGAAUCCAACGCUAUAUUUUGCAUUACAUCGUCCCAUAUUUAUAAUGUAACGCAGGGGUCAGCAAUUAGAUGUGGUUUCGGGCCAAAAUUUGUGUAAACAUUAUUCGGCCGUUUGACCGAAGGACCGGUGCGCUGGUAUUUAUUAAAUAAU